GUCCAUCGGCGUUUUUGACGUUACUAAACUGAAGUUUAAAGAUUAUUCUAAUUUGAAUUUUCUACCCGCGUAGACAUGUUAAUUAUGAAAAGAAAUUCAUAAAUACCCUUUACGGCAAUUUUUCUGUGUUAAACAUCAAAUUGUGCCACGUAAUAAGUGAAGUUUUCUGUGAUAAACCUAUAUAAAAAGAUACUUCGGCGGUGUAUUCCUCUUUUAAAAUCAUAACAUGUCUCGAGAUAGAUCGUCCCGACGCUUUUACCGCUCCGAGUCAACACAUGACCUCCUGUCCUACAUGGACCGCGGGCAGGCGGCUAUUGACGAGAAUAGAUGGACCUUCGAAACCGCGUGGGAAGCUGCAAAUAAAGUUGGUGGAAUCUACACAGUGAUAAGGUCCAAAGCGUUUGUCUCUACUGAGGAGAUGGGCGAAAACUAUUGUUUAUUGGGUCCUUUCAAGGAGACCUGCGCUCGUCAAGAAGUAGAAGAACAGGACUUUCCACCAAAUUCACCUCUCACGACAGCAGUCAACGCCAUGAGAAGUCAGGGAUAUAAGUUACACACAGGCACCUGGCUUGUAGAUGGCAACCCCCAAAUAAUUCUCUUUGACAUCGGCUCAGCCGCGUGGCAGAUGGACAGUUACAAGCAGGAACUCUGGAGCACCUGUUCCAUUGGAAUACCACAUCUGGAUGUUGAAGCCAAUGACGCUGUUAUACUUGGCUUUAUGGUUGCGCAGUUUAUCACGGAGUUCCGCAAAGCAGCUGAAAAGUACAGUGAUACACCACCGCGAGUUGUGGCUCAUUUCCACGAAUGGCAGGCGGGCAUUGGUCUCAUUGUAUUGCGUGUUCGUCAUGUGGAUGUUGCGACCGUGUUCACGACACACGCGACCCUCCUCGGAAGAUAUUUGUGCGCUGGCAACACUGAUUUCUACAAUAACUUGGAUAAGUUCUCAGUUGACGAAGAGGCGGGAAAGAGACAGAUAUACCACAGAUAUUGUAUGGAGCGUGCCGCGGCCCAUAUGACGCAUACAUUCACCACAGUUUCCGAUAUUACAGGAUUCGAAGCGGAACACCUUCUCAAAAGAAAGCCGGAUUUCAUAACGCCAAACGGUUUGAAUGUGAAGAAAUUUUCAGCGCUUCAUGAGUUUCAGAAUCUUCACGCGUUGGCUAAGGAGAAAAUCAAUGAAUUCGCUAGAGGACAUUUCUAUGGACAUUUUAACUUUGAUCUGGACAAAACGUUAUAUUUCUUCAUUGCUGGUCGAUACGAGUUCGGUAACAAGGGCGCGGAUAUCUUCAUAGAAGCACUCGCACGGCUUAAUCAUUAUUUGAAGGCUUCCGGGUCAGAAAUGACCGUAGUAGCUUUUCUAAUAUUUCCCGCUAAGACGAAUAACUUCAACGUUGAGAGUUUAAGAGGUCACGCGGUCACCAAAUCCCUUAGAGACACUAUACAGGAUGUUCAACAGCAGAUUGGAAAGAGGAUGUAUGAUAUAUGCUUGAGAGGCCAUCUCCCCGACACAUCAGCCCUACUGCAGAAGGAAGACACAGUUCGCCUAAAAAGAUGUAUUUACGCGUUGCAACGUGACGGUCUUCCGCCUGUUACAACCCACAAUAUUGUGGAAGACUGGAGCGAUCCAGUUCUCAACUCAAUUCGAAGGUGUGAACUUUUCAAUACAGUGAACGAUAAAGUUAAAGUUAUAUUCCACCCGGAAUUCCUUUCAUCCACCAACCCCUUAUUUGGUCUGGACUAUGAGGAGUUCGUCAGAGGUUGUCAUCUUGGAGUCUUUCCUUCAUAUUACGAGCCCUGGGGUUACACGCCUGCCGAAUGCACGGUUAUGGGUAUACCUAGUGUCACAACUAAUUUGUCUGGCUUCGGUUGCUUCAUGCAAGACCACAUAGCUGAUCCGAUGUCGUACGGCAUAUACGUCGUGGAUCGCCGCUACAUCUCAUUAGAGGGCUCUGUACAACAAUUGGCGCAGUAUAUGUUCGACUUUACAAAACUAACAAGACGUCAACGUAUUAUACAAAGAAACAGAACGGAAAGACUGAGCGAUCUUCUCGAUUGGAGGAAUUUGGGAAUUUACUAUCGUCAGGCGCGAGCCGAAGCACUGAAAAUCGUAUAUCCUGAUUAUGUUGACCACAUGCAUAUGGAACUCGGAAAGCGAUUUAACUACCCACGCCCAAUAUCCGAGCCACCCAGUCCCACACAUUCCAUAAUUAAAAGCCGACAAGAAAGCUCAUGGCUGACCGCAUCCUACCACAAGGAAAUAGAACAACACAAGGAUACAAAAGAUGAAGAAAUACAGACCAGUCUAGAUCUGGAGGACAAAGUUAGACUUCAAAAGUCUCUAGAAAUUCUAGAAGUGACAGACGUAGAAGUAUCGAAAGAUAUUGAAGUGAGAUUCGAAAAGGCGAUUGAGCUGGAAGUCAGCGAAAGUUUUGACGCUAAAGAUCUGUUUGAACCAUUGAACGCGGCUGUUGCUGAACAAAUCGAACAACUGAUCGCCAAACUCAGUGAUUGUGUUGAGAAAAACUAGAGCCACGACACCAGCCGCUUCAGUCCACGGUUCUGAUGAUGAGGAUGAAGUGGACGAGGAGAAGGAGUUAGCCGAACUGAGGAUUACCGAUAACUAGUGGUGGUAACUACCUAUACAGUGGAUAAAUUGGUAAUGUAUCGGGAAAGCGGUAUAGUGCUACAAAUGUGUUAGAUCUAGAUAACACACGCCAUCUUAUUUCUAUUUAUUCUUGGCUCCGACAUGUGUGUAGCACUAUUUGGAGAAUAAUCUAGAAAUAACAUUUUCUUUUGUUAUUAAAAAAAAUUAUAAUAACUUUCUUGCCUGUUUUUUUAUAUUUUUUAUAUGAUGAUUUAAAUAUAUUUCUUAUAUAUAUACACAUAUAUAUCUGACAAAUGUACAAAAAAUAGUUCCUGCCUGCCAAACUAUUACCUCUUAUGAAUACUCAUAUUUAUCAAAAACUAAAAAUGAAUCAACUAUAUUUUUGAUAGCCGAGUUUCUAUACUGCUUAUUUUGCAAUUUUUUCCCCUUUGAAGAAAUUAUGAUGUUAUAAAGCGUAGUUUCAAGUGUUUCAAGUAGAAAAAUUAAUCUUUACUAUGUUAGAAAUGUCUAUUUUUGUAUGAAGUGCAAUAAUUAUUUGAAUUUGUGCGCAUUUAAAAUCAAACAAUAUAAAAAUCGCACAACCAAUACAAAAAUUAGAAAUUUAUUUGAGUGUUUUUAUAAUUUAUAUUAUUCCUAUAAUAAAAUAUGUUUAGCUUUCGACUGUAGAAUAUUAUGGUAAAUAUAUUUUUGAUGGUGUUACUGAUAAAGAGCAGUAACUGCAGAUUUCUAUACGCACAUUGAAAAAAAGACAUUUUAUAUCAUAAAGUUUUCUUGAUAUAGUAUAAAAAUCCAUGUUUC